AUGACAUUUGACAAUCCAAAGCACUUCCGCCUUGAUGCAGAGGACGGGAUAGCAGAGUGGAGGGCAAUCGUGCCUGAAGACGGAGGCAUCGUCCACCUCGGGCCACACAAACAACCCUUCACCGUGUCCAUGUUCCAUCAGCUCCGAUGCCUGGACAUCAUCCGAGAGGAGACGGUUCGAGACCGGAGCAACGGAGAGGGACCUACCGCCCUCGGUAGACACUGUCUGAAUUACAUCCGCCAGAUGGUCACUUGCAGAGGCGAUUUGGAGCUCGAAUCGUUCCAAUACGCAUCGCACAAGAACCCGAUCAAUCAGCGAGGGGUGUACGAAUGCAAGGAUUGGGAGGCAGUUUAUCGAGAAGUCCAGAAGAACCAGGAGGAGUAUCGCAAAGGAUUGAUGGCCGGACCUUAG